GCACUCUCAUACAUAAUUUAAGUUUAACUAAUUAAAAGUGCAAUAAUAAAUAUGCAUUUCUUUAAAGUGCGCGCUCUCGAAAAUACCUUACCUCGAAUAACAAAAAAAUAUUGUUUUUGAAACUUACACUUUAGUUUGUAAACACUAAAAAAGUUUAAUAAUCAAGUAACGCGAACCGCUCACGAUCGAUUAUCAUACUCACUCUGAGCAGCAGCUCUAUUAGGUGCUCUGAGAAGCUAAACGUAGGUGGUAGCGUAAAAACUUUCGCUUUUUUCACUCAUAUCUGAGAAAUAUAUCAGUUCUCUCUUACUCACCCUCUAACUCUCUCGCGCGCUCGCUUGGCUACUACCUAGUGUUCACUGUUGACCUCAACUGAGAUAUUUGUUAGCCGUUGGAUUUUAGUAUGUUUCUUUUAUUGCCGGACGUGUAGUCAUUGCGCUUUUUAAGCAAUUCUUUAUUCUACUUUUUUUCGCGAGUAAUUUAUAAUAAGUAAUACGAAAGCGAGUGCGUUUCUUUGCAUAUAAUUAAAUAUAACGAUUAAAACAUGAUGUCGGAAUCCAACUCCACGCCAAAUACACCCGCGAUUGAAGACAGCAACAACACACCUGCCGCGGUAGAUAACAAUGCCAAGAAGCCCUUGUCUGAGAAGGAGCUGAAGGAGUUGAAAGAGCAGCAUAUUUAUAAUAAUUUCGCCACACCACUCAUUGGCACCUAUCUCAAUUUGCCGCAGGAAUCCGUAAUGUUGAAGUGUCCUGCUUGCGGGAUUAUUGAAAUGACACAAGUCGAAAACGAUAUGAAAUGGUGGGCGACGGAGAUCAAUCGCUUCGUCGGCUGUUUGUGGGUUUCAUUUUGCUGUUGCUGCUGUAUGGACUACUUUAUACCAUGUAAACAAACGGAUCGCAAUCAUUAUUGCAAGAAAUGCGGUUGCUACUUUGGACGCGCUAUGAAGCACUCAGCAAUUAAACCGAAGAAGCUGGCAGCCAAGUCAUGAGGUAGUUGUCACCCACACAUACGCACACUUAGUUGGAAAAUACAUACUCGUAUAGAUUCCUUUACUGCCAAGGAGGCCGAUUAACGAAAAGGCAAAAUAAAAACAAACAAUAAUAAUAAGAAUAAUACAAUUAAUAAAAAUAUCUGCUUUCCAAUUUUUGUCUUCACGAAAACACUCGA